AUGGCGUACGAAGAGCUCAUUAGAAACACGUUGAUUUCGGUUAGUUUCAAGUACCCCAAGUACAAAAUAUUUGCGGAAGAACUAGCAAAUGGCACGGCCGGUAAAGCUGAAAAAUGGCAUCUUGUCCUCGGAUCAAUUUCGCAAACGAAAAGUGGUAAUGCUUUCUGUAAUCGAAUCAUAACGGAUUUGUGGGACACUUUCACCAAGGAAAUGUACGUAGAUGCAAAUGGCCAUAUUUUUAACGCCCAACUAAUGGACGCAAUUGCUGCGGAUCCGUUCGACUGGAAUCUUCUGGGACGGUUUAAUGGGACUUUCGAGCAGAAAUUCGUCUUCUUGACCAGAUAUGCAUUGCAGUAUGAACGGCCCGAAUUCAUGUAUAGACGCGUGGCCCUUUACACGCACAGCUUUGUGUCGGAGAGACUUCAUUUCACUGUGGAUGAAUAUUAUGAUGGUUUAGUGCAACAAGACUUUUCGCCGAGCGGACAAAUUCUGCGGCAUAUCGGUACCAGCUUAUCAACAGAAUCCUGUGCAGUUUUGCGAGAAUUUCGUCAAAAAUCAUGUACAGAAGACCACCAGACCAUCAAACGAAAUUUUAUGGAACAUUUAAGACUCUGUUUAUUGAACUACGUAGGACUUGGUAUAGAGUUACGAAGUACUGAAAACAUCGAGCAUUACAAAUUUUUGGCGGACUGUAUGAGCGCUUCGAACCGCAAUAUUGUAGCCAAUUUCAAUCAAAGUAUUGCGGACGUACGCGUAUUGGAGGUACUGCUUAAAUCGAACUCUAUGGCGGCCAACGUCGACCAUCCAUCGAAUCAUCUUUUUACAAUCGGCAUACUCGACGAUCUCAUGAUGGCCGUAAGACAAGAUACAGCAUGGGGAAUGUUUGACACCGACGAUGAAAUUUAUUCGAGCGCCGUUUAUCGCAAAAUGAAAGACGUCCAUAGUUUUGCGAAAACCAUAUCGGCUCGUGAAUUGAUGAACGUUAUUUGUCAGCGAAUUCUCGAGAAUGGCAAACCUUCGAUAAUAUUUUUGGAUCAUAUGAACAGGUUUAGUCAAUUUCCAAACAGUCAAGAACAUCCGAUUGGAAGCUCUAACCUCUGUACGGAAAUUGCGCUGCCCAUGAAAGACGACGAAUGUGCGACUUGUUGUGUGGGCACCCUUAAUGUGAAAAAAAUUUGUAAGAAACUACCAAUACGGUGUACCGAUAUCGACUUGGACGCAUUAAAUACUAAAACCGCUAUGCUUGUAGAUAUAUUGAAUACCACACAGGCAACAAGCAGUUUCGAAUACAGUCGUAAAUAUCGACCGCUGGCGAUUGGCCUGUUGGGGUUUAGCGACACCUUUUCUCCUCACGAGAACAAUGUUUACAAUGAUCUACAAGUCGUAAAAAAAUUGGAAAUGAUUAUGGAAGCUGUCUAUAUCGGCGCAAUCGAGCGUAGCUGUGACUGGGGCCAACUAUAUACCCCGUUUGAGGACUUUGAAAAAAGCUCAUGGGCCAUAGGAAAGUCGCAAGUAGAACUUAGACAAGGAACGUGGAAACAUUUUCGCCCCGAAUCGUUACUAGUACUCAAACGAGCUCGAAUGGGACUUUACAACUUGACGCUGACGGGCCAGCCUCCGACGGCUUCAAUCUCUUUGCUAUGCAACUGUUCGCCAUCUAUCGAAAUGCCCGUGACAAACAGCGACAACGAACCAGUUGCCAUUAAAAUGUUCGGAUCUACGCUGCAAAUGUUUUUCGACAGCCCAUUCAAUGCCUUCCGUGACUCUGCACUAGCGGAUCAACUAACAAUUACCCAAAGCAUGUAUCUGGAUCAGAGUUCAUCCACUAACUUGUAUGUGCCAUCGGCCGAUGCCCAUCACUUGGCCAACCGACUCGGGAAGCUGUGGAAACGUGGAGUUAAAACUGGGGCCUACUAUACCAGAACGCAACAGAAUUUGACACGCUCAAUGUUAAUGACAGAAGCGGAUUGUGACCAGUGCAACAACUAA